CAACAACACGGCAGAUCAGUGCGCGUUACCCAUCUGGUCGGGACAUCACCGCUCUCUGUAGUUUGUUUCCGGCGGUCGUGGUCGUGGUCGUAGUCUGCCAGUGUAGCUAUCGUCGGCUGGCACACGCGAGACGUGCUUCAAUUGUCAUAGUAAUGAACGCUCUUAACGUCACAAGACGUUUCCGCUCUACUACGUAGACUGUUAAUGUAACUAAUUAAUCAGAUUUAUAUGUUUUAUCAGUAUUUAUAGCGUUUGUUUACGGAAUAAUUUGUAAAUUAAGAACAAUUUUUUUUUUUUAAUAUUAUUAUUUUCAUCGUCGUCUUCCGGUCAUCGUUCGAGGUUGGCUCACUAUCAAUCUCCUAUCAGUAAGCUUAUCUCUGUCUCGCUUGCUCUCGAAGGAAGCGCCAUUCAUUAUCACUGGCAGCGGAGAACAUUGACGGGCCGACAACACGGCACAGUGGUGAGCAACAACAUCAGCAUCAUCGACCGGAGUUUUCCUAUGACCAUGUUCGACGUAUUCGCGUAGACGGAUUUUUUUAUUUUUAUGUUUAAUUAUUUGUUUACUCUCGCCGACGUUUGGGAGUGUAUUCGUUCGUAAGUAAUGCGAAUUUCGUAAUGUGAAGUCCACGGUAGUGCAAGAGGCUCGGAAAACCUUAGGGCAUAUCUUAAAACCUAACUGUAUAAUAGGUUCUAUACACAUUUAAUCAGCCCUAAAGGAUAUUACGGACAACGAUUUUCAGAUGGCCGCUUUGCGGCGAUGGCAUUGUUCUUCCAGACGAAAAUGUCAGGGAGACCACGUCGGCACGCCCGAGUAUGCUGGACAGGAUUUUCUUUACCAGUUGUACUGGUUGUAACUACUACAAACUAAGAAACGGUGGCGCCUAACUAGCUCGGUUCCCGAACUACAUGGCACAGCCACAAAAUGACGAGAAGAGUCGGAAAGAACGAUCUUACUGUUCAGAAAAUUUUGCCCGCGUACACUUUACACGGUCAUCCGCGGCCACGUCGGGCGGUAGACGCCAACAGCAGCAACAACAUGCAGCGACUUCGUCGUUACUGACCGCCGACGGGCAACAGCAACAGAACGAUGGACAGCAACAGCAGAGACACGCGACCAAUCGAAAUGCCGUCGUGUCCUUGGACGCGCCCAGGCCUCAAAGCCAAAGGGCCACAAACGAAUAUGUGGAGACUCCGUUCUUAGGGUCUUCCAACGGCAGCGGCGGUUCAAACACAUCGACGGCCACAUCUACGCCGACAACCUCGACAGUGGGCCACAAAGCCACUUCGGACGCUGUGAAAAUCGGCAGCAGCUGUUGCAUCCAGGUGGACAAAGAGACGGCGGAAGUGAUAACCGCCCAGCCGGCGGUGGGCUCAUCUUCGGCGAAACCCGCGAAGAAAACCGCCGGCGACUGUUCCAUCAUUUGUCAAGAUUGUAAUAAAUGUCGGUGCGUAGCGUGUCGGACCCCACGCAGACUACCGGGAUGGUGGCUGUGCAAUAACUUUUGUUACUUGUCGCCCAGCACUUGCGUCGAGUACUGCUCGUGUAUGUGCUGCGUCAAAGGCGUGGUGUACCACUGCAAAUCUCGUGACGACGACCUCGGAUCGGACUUGUGGUUGGACGACCCGUGCUCCUGUCAUCCCGAAGACAGGACGCGCCGGUGGUCCAUACUCAGCUUGACAUCCUUGCUGUUGCCAUGCCUGGUGUGCUAUUGGCCGUUGACCGGAUGUGUUCAGCUAAUGGAGAAAUGCUACGCUCGGAUAUCGCGACGUGGCUGUCAAUGCAAACGUCAGCCGACCUCCUCGAAAUCGCACGUUGUCGCUUAGGCGUCGAUCCCCCCCCCCAAAAAAAAAAAAAAGUAAUGAUAAUUUGUAGGUGCAGAUGAUACCCAUUUGUACUCUACACCCGCCUCCCGCUGCCAACCGAUCAGUCGCCGCUUAUCGUGUGUGGUACCCAUACAAUAGAGCCGUUGUAAUUUUGCAAAUCCGAAAUAAUUUCCAAAUUUGUAUUACGAAAAAUAUCACCGAGAAAGUCGUGCCCCGCGCAUCUGUCGAUAAUCCAGCAAAACUCAAAAGAUCCAAUCUCAAAGUCGAAAUUAUCGUUUAUGCCAGACAAGUUUUUUAUAUUUGAACUGCACACGUUGGUCGUAAAGAUAAAACGGAUUUUCGUUGCAAAAGAACUGUGUGCGAAAAGUUAAAACUAGACGACGUUCUGACUGAAAUUAUACUAUUAUUGACCUGAGAAAAAAUAUAACUGUUACCGAAAAAUAAUAAUAAUUAUGUUGUACACGAUGAAAAACUGCGCGACUGUGUGAACAAAACGAUGAAAAUAAAAGGACGGUUUAAACCAACAGUUCUACUACUGCGGGUUUCGUCGAAGAAGUGUUGUUCUUUCUCUUCUCGCUUUUAAACCAAACCUUACCAUUAUUAUUAUUAUUAUUAUUAUUAUUAUAAAUGUGUUUUAUUUUUCUUAAUUUGUUUCCGUCUUUUCUCUAUGUUAUGUAAUAAUAUUAUUAUUAAUUAUGUAUGUUACGCUGGUACAAAAAUGAAUAUAAUGUAUUUUUAUUAAAUAUAUUAUUAAAAACAA